AUGGCACCUUUAAUCAAGAAGACAAACGGAAAACGUUCCGCUAAAGAAGUUAGCCAAUCAGAAAAGAAAUCGGCCAAAAAGCCCAGAAUUUCCAUUGAUUCGUCUGAUGAAGAAUUAGAACUAGCAAUAAACGAGGAUGUCGAGCCCUCCUCAUCAGAUGAUGAUGAUGAUCUAGAUGAUCUCAAUAGCAGUGGCGCAGUGGAAGACAAGAAAGAAAUUGAGGAAGCUGACGAACUAGAUAUUUCCGAUGAUAAUGAAGAGGAUGAAGACGAGGAGGACGGCAAGGAAGGAAAAGACAAAUCUGAAGAUGGUGAAGGUGGUAACCAUACAGAACAAAGAAAGUUACUCAAAGAAAGAAAGAUGCAGAGAAAAUCUGGAACUCAAGUGCAACAAAUUAAAUCCGUCUGGGAAAGAUUGCGUGUAAAGACUCCACCUCUACCAAAACAAAUUCGUGAGAAAUUAUCCAAUGAAAUUUGGGAGCUAUCCAAGGAUUGCAUCAGUGAUCUGGUACUAAAGCACGAUGCUUCUCGUAUUGUUCAAACUUUAGUUAAAUACUCAUCCAAAGAACGUCGUGAGCAAAUCGUUGACGCUCUAAAGGGUAAGUUUUAUGUUUUAGCCACAUCUGCAUACGGUAAAUACCUCUUGGUCAAAUUACUGCAUUACGGUUCUAGGACCUCAAGGCAAGCUAUCAUAAAUGAAUUACACGGUUCAUUGAGAAAAUUAAUGAGACAUCGUGAAGGUGCUUAUGUCGUGGAAGAUUUAUUUGUGCUUUAUGCUACUCACGAACAAAGACAGCAAAUGAUCAAGGAAUUCUGGGGUUCUGAAUAUGCUUUUUUCAGAGAAACUCACAAAGACUUGUCAAUUGAAAAGGUCUGUGAAAGUAGUGUUGAAAAGAGAAAUAUCAUUGCCAGAAAUUUGAUUGGUACUAUUACCGCAUCAGUCGAAAAGGGUUCCACUGGUUUCCAAAUUCUACAUGCUGCUAUGAGAGAAUACGUGAAGAUUGCCAACGAAAAAGAAAUUUCCGAUAUGAUUGAUUUGCUUCAUGAACAAUUCGCUGAAUUGGUACAUACUCCAGAAGGUUCUGAUGUUGCCUGCACUUUAGUGGCUAAAGCCAAUGCCAAGGAAAGAAAAUUAAUUCUAAAGGCUUUGAAAAACCACGGUGAAAAAUUGAUCAAAAAUGAGUACGGUAAUAUUGUUUUCAUUACAAUUUUAAAUUGUAUCGAUGAUACAGUUUCAGUAUUCAAGACUUUCAGUCCUACUGUCAAGGAGCACUUACAAGAGUUUAUAAUCGAUAAGUUUGGUAGAAGACCAUGGCUAUACAUACUUUUAGGUCUGCAUGGUAAGUAUUUCUCGCCUAUUGUCAAGAACGAAUUGUUAAGAUAUAUUCAAUUGUCCGAAGCCACUUCCAAGAAAGAGCCUUUACAAAGGAGACACGAACUCUUAUCCAAAUUUGCCCCAAUGUUCUUGAGUACCAUAUCAAAAAACUACUCUGAUAUUUUAACAGAGAACUUGGGCUGUCAAUUCGUUGUUGAAGUUUUGAUCAACGAUGAGUUGUACGCGCAGUUGAGUGAAAAGGAUCAAGAAAAGUAUCAACAAGUCUUACACAACAUUUUGACCACCUUUAAAGGUGACAUAACCGAAGAAGAGCAUCCAAUACACAGGGUAUUCUCUACUAGAUUGUUGAAGGCAUUAAUUCAAGGAGGUAAAUGGAAUAAUAAAGAGAAAAAGGUUGAGCCAUUGAAGAAUGUUCAAGGUUUAGGUGUCCCGUUUGCUCACAAAUUAUAUGAUGAAAUUAUUGAUUCCUCCAAUUUAUUGGAAUGGAUUAAUAAUGCUGAUAGUUCAUUUACGGUUGUUGCCCUUUACGAAACGUUGAAAGAUCAAAAGGAAGGAAAGGAAUUCUUGAAGGACUUGAAGGAAAUUCAAAGUAAAAUAACCUCCGAUCAGAACAACAAGGGUUCUCAUCUUUUGGUUAAAUUGUUAAAAUAG